AUGGCUCCCACAAACGUCCUUGACCGGUUUUACUUGUCCAUCACCCUCCUUAUUACUGUCGGAUGGCAACUUCUAGGCUUUGCUCUUGCCUGGACGUUCCAGUUCGACAAGCUGACCGACUUCACUGGAGGGUCGAACUUUUUCAUUUUAGCCUUGAUAACCCUCUUAGCCGGUCAGACGUUCCACGCUCGUAACGUCGUAGUCAGUGUAUUUGUGAUGGUAUGGGCUGCCCGCCUUGCUGGGUUCCUCCUAUUUCGCGUACUCAAGAGAGGUAGCGACUCGAGGUUUGACGACAUCAGAUCUCAUUUCCUCAAAUUCCUCGCAUUCUGGAUCGGUCAAAUUAUCUGGGUGUGGACAGUCUCUCUUCCACUCACCAUCUUAAAUUCGCCUGCAAUCUCCGUCGGAUCGGAUAUCGGCUUCGGUACGGCAGCAGACAUCGUAGGCGUCAUAUUAUGGGCCGUUGGCUGGAUCGUCGAGAGUGUAGCGGAUGUGCAGAAGUACUACUACAAAUCCUCUGGUUGGCCGAAAGACAAACCUCUGAACGCUGGCCUCUGGGGAUGGUCACGUCAUCCUCCGUACUUCGGCGAGAUGCUCUGCUGGUGGGGGAUAUGGUGUCUGAGUAUCUCACCUGCAACGAAUGGCCACCUGGAUGCAUCAUCGAAGGGAGCACAAUAUGCCGCAAUUGUCUCGCCUAUCUUCACUACGCUGCUGCUCAUGUUCGCCUCGGGUGUGCCCACGGCCGAGAAGCCUUCGGCGAAGAAAUUCUUCGAGCUCUCAUAUCCUCCUCAGAAGUCGGGAGAUAAUCCGUCAACGGACAACCUCAACGUUCCCGACGUCGAAGGCGGCAUUCAAGGUGAGACGGUCAACGAACCGGCACGCCAACCGGCCUCCGAUGCUUGGAAGAACUAUGCGGAAUACCGGGCGCAAACGUCGAUCUUGAUUCCACUCCCCCCGGCGAUUUACCGACCCUUGCCAGAGUGGAUCAAGCGAACGGUCCUCCUCGAUUGGCCAAUGUAUGAGUACGUUCCGGGUCGUGAUUAG